UGGUUCCAAAUGAUACGUAGAUUCGAAAAAUUGCCAUUCGUUGAGGACACAUUUAAAUUAUUGUGUCUAUUGUAUCUCAUUCCGUAUGUGUAUGCAUUAUCAGGAUGUUUCUCGCUAGAUUUUGUUCUAAGGCGAGCAAGGACUUCAUGCAUAGUCGCUUUUGUGACUGAUGGGUGCACUGUUGUUGAACACGAUCCAUCUAAAGAGUAUAAACAAUUUCAAUAUAUAAGAAACUUAUUGCUUAGCAAUAAACAUGGAAUCUUGGUUGGAUUUAUUGAUAUAAAUGAUGCCUGGCCCGACGGAAGUGAAGUUACUGGAAAACAUGAUGUUGCUAUUAAUAUUGGGGAUAUAGUGUUGUUCGAAAAAAUUACCAAGGACAGAACGGAAAUAUACCCAACUGCGCAACCUCAAAGUAUCGCUCCACUUGUUCUUAGAAAUGUAUACAACAUUGAAGAGUUGAUACAAUUUAUAAAUCAGGGUUGCAAUACGUAUCUUCAUGCUACUGGUGGUCUGUCCAAACAAGGUCUUUACAGGGAGGAAAUUCUGCAAUCAAAGUUUUACGUUAAAAGUGUUUCAAAUGUUCAGUCUAAAGAUGUGUUUUUGCAAAAGUGUUCUGAAAAUGACAACUUCUGUUAUUCAGAUCGUAAUUUGCAUGUUCAUGGUGUCCCCAAACUUCCCGAGUGCGAAAGAAUUCAACUUCCAACACGUGAUGAUUUCUUUCACAAAUAUUUGAAAAAGUCAAAGCCUGUUAUUUUCAAAGAAGUUUUAAAAGACUGGCCAGCAUUUACAAAAUGGUCAAACAAAUAUCUGAGAGAAAAAUACGGCGGACAAGAAAUCAUGUUCCAACUUACACCACAGGGUGAAUUUGAAAGAAUCGAACCUAUAAAUAUUUGGGAGAAUUACCAAAAAUUUAAAUUUCCUCGAUCAUGCGCAGAUCAGAUUCUUACUCCUGAUCUAGUGAUGGUACGACCCGCUACUGAAAGCAAAAAUCUGUCGGUCUUUAUGGACAUUUUGGAUGGAAUUUCUAAUGGGUCUAUUGUAAAUAUGUCUGCAUAUUUAGAAUACGCUUCCAUUCCCAGAUAUCUGCCAGAACUGGAAAAAGACAUUCGAGAAGAGGUUCUCUUUAAGGGUCUCCUAGAAAGGGAGAUGCUGAACAUUUGGCUUAGCGACGGAAGAACUCUUGGAAAAUUGCAUUUUGAUCCAUAUGAUAAUUUUCUUUGCCAGAUAAGUGGAGGAAAGCAAGUUAUAUUAUUCGAUCCACACAACAACCAUCAAUUAUAUGAGGGUCACAUUCAGGAAGCUAGCAUGUCGUAUAAUUUUACGUCGAAGUCAUUUCAAAGACGAUAUUUGCUAGACAAUACGGUGCAAGCAUUUUCUCCCGUUGACAUCAUGAACCCUAAUUAUACAAGAUUUCCAUUGUUCGGAGAAACCUACCCCCUGAACUGUACUCUAGAGGAAGGGGAUGUUCUAUACCUGCCCUCCUUUUGGUGGCAUGAAGUUCAGUCCUUUCCUAACAUCACUGCGGGAAGGAAUCUAGCAAUUAACUUCUGGUAUGAACCGUUUUUAACUCGAGAUUACCCGUGUCCCGAGUGCCAGCUGGACGUUAAUCCAAAGUACAGACAUCUUUUAUGAUACAUCCUCAAUCUUCUUUGACUUUUGAUAUGUUCAGGUUUUUCUUCAGAGAUCUUGGUGUGAUGUUUAAUUAUUUAAAAAAUAUACUGAACAUAACUAUAGCGAUUCAUUUUUAUUUGAAGUUUAAGUACAUAUUUAUGUAU